CAAUCACGGGCGGCGGAGGAGGAGGAGGAGGAGGGCUGCUCGAGGAAGUGCGGCGUGAAGUUGUGGAGCUGAGAUUGCCCGCCGCUGGGGACCCGGAGCCCAGGAGCGCCCCUUCCCAGGCGGCCCCUUCCGGCGCCGCGCCUGUGCCUGCCCUCGCCGCGCCCCGCGCCCGCAGCCUGGUCCAGCCUGAGCCAUGGGGCCGGAGCCUCAGUGAUCGUCAUGGAGCUGGCGGCCUGGUGCCGUUGGGGGUUCCUCCUCGCCCUCCUGCCCCCCGGAGCCGCGGGUACCCAAGUGUGUACCGGCACAGACAUGAAGUUGCGGCUCCCUGCCAGUCCUGAGACCCACCUGGACAUGCUUCGCCACCUCUACCAGGGCUGUCAGGUGGUGCAGGGCAACUUGGAACUUACCUACCUGCCUGCCAAUGCCAGCCUCUCAUUCCUGCAGGACAUCCAGGAAGUCCAGGGAUACAUGCUCAUCGCUCACAACCGAGUGAAGCACGUCCCACUACAAAGGUUGCGCAUCGUGAGAGGGACCCAACUCUUUGAGGACAAGUAUGCCCUGGCUGUGCUAGACAACAGAGAUCCUUUGGACAAUAGCACCACCGUCGCCCCAGGCAGAAUCCCAGAAGGGCUUCGGGAGCUGCAGCUUCGAAGUCUCACAGAGAUCCUGAAGGGAGGAGUUUUGAUCCGUGGGAACCCUCAGCUCUGCUACCAGGACGUGAUUUUGUGGAAGGAUGUCUUCCGCAAGAAUAACCAGUUGGCUCCUGUCGAUGUAGACACCAAUCGUUCCCGGGCCUGUCCACCUUGCUCUCCAACCUGCAAAGAUAAUCACUGUUGGGGUGAGAGUCCUGAAGACUGUCAGAUCUUGACUGGCACCAUCUGUACCAGUGGCUGUGCCCGGUGCAAGGGCCGGCUGCCCACUGACUGUUGCCACGAACAAUGUGCUGCAGGCUGCACGGGCCCCAAACAUUCGGACUGCCUGGCCUGCCUCCACUUCAACCAUAGCGGUAUCUGUGAGCUGCAUUGCCCAGCCCUCGUCACCUACAACACAGACACUUUCGAGUCCAUGCUCAACCCUGAGGGUCGUUACACCUUUGGUGCCAGCUGUGUGACCACCUGCCCCUACAACUACCUCUCUACGGAAGUGGGAUCCUGCACUCUGGUCUGUCCCCCGAAUAACCAAGAGAUCACAGCUGAGGACGGAACACAGCGGUGUGAGAAAUGCAGCAAGCCCUGUGCUCGAGUGUGCUAUGGUCUGGGCAUGGAGCAUCUUCGAGGGGCGAGGGCCAUCACCAGUGACAAUAUCCAGGAGUUCACUGGCUGCAAGAAGAUCUUUGGGAGCCUGGCAUUUUUGCCGGAGAGCUUUGACGGGAACCCCUCCUCGGGCAUUGCCCCACUGAAGCCUGAGCAUCUCCAAGUGUUCGAAACCCUGGAGGAGAUUACAGGUUACCUAUACAUUUCAGCAUGGCCAGAGAGCCUCCAUGACCUCAGCGUUUUCCAGAACCUUCGGGUCAUUCGGGGACGGAUUCUCCAUGACGGUGCCUACUCCUUGACACUGCAAGGUCUGGGAAUUCACUCGCUGGGGCUGCGCUCACUGCGGGAGCUUGGCAGUGGAUUGGCUCUCAUUCACCGCAACACCCAUCUCUGCUUUGUACACACUGUACCUUGGGAUCAGCUCUUCCGGAACCCGCACCAGGCCCUGCUCCACAGUGGGAACCGGCCGGAAGAGGAAUGUGGUCUCGAGGGCUUGGUCUGUAACUCACUGUGUUCCCAUGGGCACUGCUGGGGGCCAGGGCCCACCCAGUGUGUCAACUGCACUCAGUUCCUCCGGGGCCAGGAGUGUGUGGAGGAGUGUCGAGUAUGGAAGGGGCUCCCCAGGGAGUAUGUGAGUGACAAGCACUGUCUGCCAUGCCACCCUGAGUGUCAGCCUCAAAACAGCUCUGAGACCUGCUUUGGAUCGGAGGCUGACCAGUGCGCAGCUUGUGCCCACUACAAGGAUUCAUCCUUCUGUGUGGCUCGCUGCCCCAGUGGUGUGAAACCAGACCUCUCCUACAUGCCCAUUUGGAAGUACCCGGAUGAGGAGGGCAUAUGUCAGCCAUGCCCCAUCAACUGCACCCACUCUUGUGUGGACCUGGAUGAACGAGGCUGCCCAGCAGAGCAGAGAGCCAGCCCAGUGACAUUCAUCAUUGCAACUGUGGUGGGCGUCCUGUUGUUCCUGAUCAUAGUGGUGGUCGUUGGAAUCCUAAUCAAACGAAGGCGACAGAAGAUCCGGAAGUAUACAAUGCGUAGGCUGCUGCAGGAAACUGAGGUGAGACAUGGCAAGGGCCUCCUAGUGCUCCCCCACCCCCAACCCCAAGCUUUGCAGCUUCCUCAGCAUGGCACUCACCCUACCACCCUCUCCCUCCAGCUAGUGGAGCCGCUGACGCCCAGUGGAGCCGUGCCCAACCAGGCUCAGAUGAGGAUCCUGAAAGAGACGGAGCUAAGGAAGGUGAAGGUGCUUGGAUCAGGAGCUUUCGGCACUGUCUACAAGGGCAUCUGGAUCCCAGAUGGGGAGAAUGUGAAAAUCCCCGUGGCCAUCAAGGUGUUGAGGGAAAACACAUCUCCUAAAGCUAACAAAGAAAUCCUAGAUGAAGCUUAUGUGAUGGCUGGUGUGGGUUCUCCCUAUGUGUCCCGCCUCCUGGGCAUCUGCCUGACAUCCACAGUGCAGCUGGUGACACAGCUUAUGCCCUAUGGUUGCCUUCUGGACCAUGUCCGAGAACACCGAGGUCGCCUAGGCUCCCAGGACCUGCUCAACUGGUGUGUUCAGAUCGCCAAGGGGAUGAGCUACCUGGAGGAUGUGCGGCUCGUUCACAGGGACCUCGCUGCCCGGAACGUGCUCGUCAAGAGUCCCAAUCACGUCAAGAUUACAGACUUCGGGCUGGCUCGGCUGCUGGACAUUGAUGAGACAGAAUACCAUGCAGAUGGGGGCAAGGUACCCAUCAAGUGGAUGGCAUUGGAAUCUAUUCUUAGACGCCGGUUCACCCAUCAGAGUGAUGUGUGGAGCUAUGGCGUGACUGUGUGGGAGCUGAUGACUUUUGGGGCCAAACCUUACGAUGGGAUCCCAGCCCGGGAGAUCCCUGAUUUGCUGGAGAAGGGAGAACGCCUACCUCAGCCUCCAAUCUGCACCAUCGAUGUCUACAUGAUCAUGGUCAAAUGUUGGAUGAUUGACUCUGAAUGUCGUCCGAGAUUCCGGGAGUUGGUAUCAGAAUUCUCCCGUAUGGCGAGAGACCCUCAGCGCUUUGUGGUCAUCCAGAACGAGGACUUGGGCCCCUCCAGCCCCAUGGACAGCACCUUCUACCGUUCACUGCUGGAGGAUGAUGACAUGGGGGAUCUGGUCGAUGCUGAAGAGUAUCUGGUACCCCAGCAGGGAUUUUUCUCCCCAGACCCUGCCCCAGGCACUGGGAGCACAGCCCACCGCAGACACCGCAGCUCAUCCACCAGGAGUGGAGGUGGUGAGCUGACACUGGGCCUGGAGCCCCCUGAAGAAGAUCCCCCCAGAUCUCCACUGGCUCCCUCCGAAGGGGCUGGCUCCGACGUGUUUGAUGGUGACCUGGCAGUGGGGGUAACCAAAGGGCUGCAGAGCCUCUCUCCACAUGACCUCAGCCCUCUACAGCGGUACAGCGAGGAUCCCACGUUACCUCUGCCCCCGGAGACUGAUGGCUACGUUGCUCCCCUGGCCUGCAGCCCCCAGCCCGAGUAUGUGAACCAGCCAGAGGUUCGACCUCAGCCUCCCUUGACCCCAGAGGGUCCUCCGCCUCCUGUCCGACCUGGGGGUGCUACUUUAGAAAGACCCAAGACCCUCUCUCCUGGGAAGAAUGGGGUUGUCAAAGACGUUUUUGCCUUUGGGGGUGCUGUGGAGAACCCUGAAUACUUAGCACCCAGAGAAGGCACCGCCUCUCAGCCCCACCCUUCUCCUGCCUUCAGCCCAGCCUUUGACAACCUCUAUUAUUGGGACCAGAACUCAUCGGAACAGGGGCCUCCACCAAGUACCUUUGAAGGGACCCCCACUGCAGAGAACCCUGAGUACCUAGGCCUGGAUGUGCCAGUAUGAGAUCACGUGUACAGACGUCCUGUGUCUUCAGAGUGGGGGAGGCCUGACUUGUGGUCUCCUUCGCCACAAAGCAGGGAGAGGGUCCUCCGGCCACAUUACAUCCAGGGCAGCCGGCUAUGCCACGAACCUGCCCUAAGGAACCUCCUGGCUGCUUCAAUCCUGAGUGGCUAAGAGGGCCCCACCUGGCUGGAAGAGCGAGCACACUCGAUAGCCUCAGUGGAUUACAGACCCUGCCCUGACAGACUAUAGGGUCCAGUGCGCAUCCUGGCCAUGGCUCCUUACCUGGCCUGGCUCUCCUGGUUCUGAGGACUGAGGGACGCUCAGCCUAGAAGGGAAGAGGCCCCCAAGGGAAUAUCCUGGGACCCGGACAAGCCACUAGGACUGAGACAUGUGCACCCCGAGAACGGGGCAGCACUUACCUCCUGGUCUUUGUACAGAGUGUAUUUUGUUCUGUUUUUACUUUUGUUUUUUGUUUUUGUUUUUUUUUAAAAGAUGAGAUAAGGAUACGGUAGGAGAGUGGGUGCUAUAUGGAAGUUAGCAAGUGGUGUCUCUCUUUCUCCAUUUGCAAUGAGAUUUGUCAAAUAGCUGGGGCCCCAGCCUAUGUCUGGGGAGUGGUCCCUGGCCAGACCGUACCGCUCACCUGACAUACGGCUCCUCCUGGAGGAAAGUGUGUACAGAUCUUCCAAAAGUUUGAGAUGGACUGGCUUUGGGGUCGAGGGACCGGGAAGUCAGAAUUCCUUUCUGAAGAUCCUUUGGCAACAGGGCCAUUCUCCACGGGACACACUCAUUCCAAGGCCGCCCCCCCAGAACGAAGUCCUUUCCUCCCAGUGGGAGAGUGGAGCUUGAGGAGAGCACUGUCCUGUGACUCGCUUUCCUUGCCUUAGAGAGGAGGAAGGAUCUGCCCAGGAAAACCCCGCCCACUCGGUGUUAACAGGGCCGGACUGACCUGUGUGCUCCCACACAGGCUGGACAUAAACACGAGCCAGUUGACACAAGCGUGUGUAUUGUAGUUACUCUUUAUUGCCAAGACACUGCCUGGGACUCACGGAACAUAAGUUAUAGCAACUGUGGCAUCUGCAAGGUAUUGCCACGCUUGGGGGGAAGAGGACCACACUGCAGAGGGCACAGAUCCCCGGAAAGGGACGAGAGGAGACGGUGCAAAUGUCCACGGAGAACAUCUCUUUUCUGCCUUGGACCACAGAAAUGUCUAGUCCCUCCUUGUGCCCAAAGAGGCAAAGUGAAGUUAGGGCCUUAGCUACCUAGGGCUGAGUGAGGAGCUAAAGGUAAAGGGGAUUCCUAGCGUAACUGCAAGGAAACAAAGGUUUAAACCCCAGAA